AUGAACUUGUGGAGACAUAGUCCAGAAGAAUUGGCUGCUUACAAUAGCUGUCAUCCAAUGAAGCUAGGUUCAGGGGUGCUGAUACAAUUGCCUCUUUAUGACAAUUCGGCAGUAUAUGCAGAAGAUAUUACUUUUAGGAGUUUCUGCUGUGAAAGAGUGCCCGUUUAUGUAUCUACGGUGCUAAGAAACUCUUCCCCAUAUAGGUAUCUUGAUGAGGUGAUCAAUGACUGGCAAAAAUUCAUUCAAGUAAGCGAUUAUGUCGGCGGUUCUGCUGAGUAUGCGAUUUAUGCUGUGAUUUUGUCGAUAACUUCUAAUUUUGUCAUCACAGUGUUCCUGACUGUGAUAUGCUGUAUAAAUAUCAGCGGGCGCGCAUAUAAGAGAAUUCUACAACUACUGAGGAUAGCCUCGUUGUUAGCCUCGUUGAACUUAACGAUUUUUAUCACGAAGGUGUUGCGGAGAUUGGAAAAAGAGCACAAUGUCUAUGGUGUCGUUCGGGCUCAUUCCAUUAUGCACAUCUUUUCCGAUGAUAUGACAUUUGUUGUCUUGGAUUUCUUGGCUACUUUAAUGUUCCAAUUUUGCCAAGUCGGCAUUGUCAUUAGGCUAUUUCAAAGAGCUCAGGAAAAGAGAAUAAUUUUUUUUAUUGGGGUGAUAUUAACAAUAACCGCAAAUAUUUUAUGGGUAAUUCCACCGUUUGCUAACCAUACUACAAAACACAGAAAUGACUGGCAGAUUCUGCGGCCAUUUGUUUACCUUUUCCGUAUUGCCAUCGCCACGUCAUAUGCAUCAAUCGUCAUUUAUCACAUCUGGCAGAAAAAAAAAUUGUGGUUUAAAUUCAAUCAAAUGGGUUUACUUACGCUAUUGACUAUUCUUGUGGUGCUUCUAUUACCGGGUUUCUUCCUUGCCGAUGUGUCGAACUUAUGGAUAUCGGAACUGGGUGAAGUGUUUAACACGACAUGCUAUGUCACUUCGACCGUGAUCACAUGGGAGUGGCUGGAUAGAUUAAAUGUUUUGGAAAGAAAAGAGGAAGCGCAAAGCAUUUUGGGAAGACCUAUCUUCGAGGAAGAGCAACAAGACUAUCGGUUUGCCAAGUACGCCUUAAGGGUUCAAAACGCUUUAACCAGGAGGGAAUCUCAGGACGCAUCAACGGAUCGGCACGAUACGUCAAGUAAUUCGGAAGUAUGUGAUUUACAGACCAUAUCACGCUACGACCCAGAAGAUCAGAUAUCAGUGGGCAGAAGCAUUGAUCGAAUGCAUUUCAAUGAUAGGGGAACUUAUAAAGAUGUAGCGCUGAAGAAAUUAGGCUAUGCGCGUGAUAAAAUUUUAUACUUUACAGACCAAAUCGUCCAGAAAAGCGUAGGCCACAAUAAUAGCAGCAGCUCGAAAAAUGAAAAAACCAAACAGAGAAAGGCCAUGGUCAGGAAACGGUUGGGAUUAGACAAACCAGGCAUAUACAUUUAUUCGACAAAGGAUGUCGUUUUCAAUUCAGAUGAAGAUGACGAUGAGAACGCGGAAGAUGAAGAUGACGAUGAAUAUGAAGUUGGCAGUGAAGGCAAUAACAAUAGCUCUGCCACUUUUACCAGCGACCAUAUAGGCCAUAUUUGA